UCAUCGUGUCCUAAUCCCCAAACUAAACCCCUACUUUCUCCUUUUCUCUCUCACCAACUCCGGCGCACACCACCACCGCUGCCACCAUGCAAGCUGCUCUAUUAACCCCGCCAACCACCCCAACACCUGCUCCCUUCGGAACCCACAUCCCAAAAUUCAAUCUUUUACCUAAAAGGGUUCCCAACUUCACCAUCCAAGCAUCCACGACUCAGACUGAACGACCACCUCCGCCACCACAAACUACCGCUUUAUUGGAGAAGCUGAACAAAUACAGCUCAAGAAUCACUGAACCCAAGUCCCAAGGGGGCUCACAGGCAGUUCUUUAUGGAGUAGGAUUGACAGAUGAUGACUUGCAUAAGCCUCAAAUUGGAAUAUCAUCAGUUUGGUAUGAAGGGAAUACAUGCAACAUGCAUUUGUUGAAACUUGCUGAAGCUGUUAAAGAAGGAGUUAAAGAGGCUGGAAUGGUGGGAUUUAGGUUCAAUACUAUUGGAGUUAGUGAUGCCAUUUCUAUGGGGACUAGAGGAAUGUGCUAUAGUUUGCAGUCAAGGGAUUUGAUUGCUGAUAGUAUUGAGACUGUUAUGGCUGCGCAGUGGUAUGAUGGAAACAUUUCCCUACCGGGUUGUGAUAAAAAUAUGCCCGGUACAAUUAUGGCAAUGGGACGGCUAAAUCGGCCAAGCAUUAUGGUUUAUGGGGGAAGCAUAAAGCCUGGACAUUUUCAAGGCCAUACAUACGACAUAAUAUCUGCCUUCCAGGCUUAUGGGGAGUAUGUCAGUGGUUCUGUCAGUGAUGAACAGAGGAUGAAUGUAGUUCGCAAUUCAUGUCCUGGAGCUGGUGCCUGUGGUGGAAUGUAUACUGCCAACACCAUGGCAUCUGCCAUUGAGACUAUGGGAAUGUCCCUUCCUUACAGCUCUUCAACACCUGCUGAAGACCCACUCAAGUUGGAUGAGUGCCGCCUUGCUGGAAAAUAUCUUUUAGACUUGAUAAAGAUGGACCUGAAACCACAAGAUAUUAUCACUCCAAAAUCACUACAUAAUGCAAUGGUGAUGGUCAUGGCAUUGGGGGGAUCCACAAAUGCUGUUUUGCAUUUGAUUGCUAUUGCAAGGUCUGUUGGUUUGCUGUUGACUCUUGAUGACUUCCAAAAAGUCAGUGACAAGGUUCCAUUCCUCGCGGAUCUAAAGCCAAGUGGCAAAUAUGUCAUGGAGGAUGUCCACAGGAUUGGAGGUACACCUGCAAUCAUCAGAUACCUAUUAGAGCUUGGAUUUCUGGAUGGGGAUUGUAUCACUGUGACUGGAAAGACUUUGGCUGAAAAUGCAAAACUGUUCCCAUCUUUGUCUGAGGGUCAGCAAAUUAUAAGACCAUUGGCAAACCCCAUCAAACAAACUGGUCACAUCCAAAUAUUAUAUGGGAAUAUUGCACCUGAGGGUUCUGUGGCAAAAAUUACAGGAAAAGAAGGGCUUUAUUUUUCAGGUCCAGCUCUUGUCUUUGAAGGAGAGGAAUCUAUGCUCCAGGCUAUCUCAGAAAAUCCUGCAAGUUUUAAGGGGAAAGUAGUAGUUAUUAGAGGAGAGGGGCCUAAGGGUGGCCCAGGCAUGCCUGAAAUGCUUACACCAACUAGUGCAAUAAUGGGUGCAGGUCUUGGAAAGGAUGUUGCACUGCUGACUGAUGGAAGAUUUUCUGGAGGCUCACAUGGAUAUGUCGUUGGACACAUUUGUCCAGAAGCACAGGAAGGUGGUCCAAUUGGUCUUGUAGAAAAUGGGGACAUCAUUACCAUAGACAUCCAAAAACGGAGGAUGGAUGUUGAUUUAACAGAUACCGAGUUAGAUGAGAGAAGAAAGAAAUGGAGACCCCCAAUGUAUAAGGCCGACCGAGGGGUACUUUACAAGUACAUCAAGAAUGUGCAAUCAGCUUCAAGGGGAUGUAUCACUGAUGAAUAAUACUAGAUGCUACGUGUGUUAAGAAGGCAAAUAUGCAAUGGCCAAUAUCCUGCAUGCAUCAAUUGGGUAAACAUUGCUCGGCUCUUUAGGGAAAGCUACAAAGGGACCGCUCAAAAUUCUCUCCUAGUUUUAGUUCCUGUAAUAUGUUGUGUGGGAAUGAUUUGAUCUGUUUUUGUUUCUUUCUUUUUCCUCCUUGUAGCUUCGGAGUAUGAUUGAAUUGUUCACCUGCACACGUGAAUGUAACCAUUUUUUUGAUAUUGGCUCACCUUGGAUGAUUGUAAGUUUGUAACUACUCUGUUGGUAGUUGAAUACUACAUAACACGUAUAAUGGUGUUCUCCAAGACAUAAUUAUGCUUUCUACAAAAGAUGCAAU